GCAGUCAUGUCAAGCAGCCUUGGAAGCACAGGGCUUGCACACCUUCAGCUUGCACACUUGGCACUCCCAGAUGAACCAGUGCGGGCCUUGGUGGCACAGGUUGCAGUUCCACAGCACGAGGGUGGUGUCGGAUUUGAGCAUGCGGAAGGUGUGCUCGCAUUUGCCGGGUUUGGCCAUUUGUGAGGUGUAGAUGUCUGUUGUUGGAUUGGAUACCCUCGACGCCGGUAGGUCGCUGACUAAAGGAACUGAGAGGAGUGCAAUGCCGGGAUAGAAGACAGGCAGAAGGUGGAGUGGGGUAUGGUGAGGCCAGGCAAGGUAGAUAGCGAUGAGAAAAGACAACCGAAAUACACAACCGUGCCGAGAUCGAACAAACGAAGCGCAGAACCAGAGGGCCACCCAAGCUAUAUAGAGAUGGGGAGGAGUGCGGACGACGCGGAGGAGUCCAGACAGCGGUGGGAAGAGGCAAUGAAAGAAGAAAGACGGGCAGCGCAACCGCGUGCCUUUAUUGCCCGCCCCGCCGCGCCCCGUGUGCAGCAAAAGGGAUGGAUGGCAAGCCCCGGUGACAGGUGCGGCGCACACCCGACUCGUCGAAAAGAGGCAGAAGGCGGAUGGAAAGAGCAAUCGAGGCAGAGAUCUGGUGUCACCGUGGGAAGACGGCAGCUCGGUGCGACGGACGGCUUGACGGCGACGCCUGGCCCGGUUUUUCCUUUUAGUCUUUGGCGAAGCAUCGUUCCAAACGUACCUUUAUGCUUGCGACUGCUCGCGGACUCGUCGGCUGCGCGAGGGAAGGUUUACGGCCUCACCCUGUGCAUAACACGGGCGGGCGUGGGCGUGCACCGCUACCCGUCGUCCAUCGAGGGCUGCGUGGCCGAUUGCCACCCGCCGCCGCGGUGUCGGGAGGCACGCAUCGCGGGCGUUGGAUCCCUGCGAUUGCGCAAGGCGGACCCCCUCGCCCUCCUUUCUCCACGGCAUGAAUGCUAUCCGAACGAAAGCAUAGACAUCUACUGCGAGAGAGAUACGAUAUGACAGGUUGAGCACGGCAAACAGACACUCCCUUCCCGCCAUACAAUCGCGCACUCCGCCCGAGACACGGAUGGCCCUCCAUGCAUACGAUAGAUGAAGACGGCAUGCAGCUGAUCGCCCAU